GACACAUUUUACUCAAAAAACAAUUUGUUUUUUGUUCUUUUCAAUUUUCUUAUUCUUAUUAUUCCUGUUAUGCUUUCUUCCUUCUUCGCUAUUCGAGCAAAAACAACUGAGAAAAAUCUCAGAAUAAGUUAAUUACAAACUGUAAACAAGCUUUGGACGGAGAUGGCGGAAGCGAUAACGGAGAGAAGGGGAAUACCGGCGGCGUCAUUUGUACAAGAUGUUCAGUCCUAUCUUACUCAAUCUGGUCUUGAUGUUAACUCUGCUCUUGCUUUUCUCCAAGAAAGACUUCAGCAGUACCGAGUGGUUGAAAUGAAACUUCUGGCACAGCAGAGGGAUCUUCAGGCAAAGAUUCCUGACAUAGAGAAAUGCUUGGGUAUAGUUGCUACUUUGCAAGCUAAGAAGGACAGCAGUGAGGCGCUAAUCACUGAUUUUGAAGUGGCAGAAGGUAUUUAUUCCCGGGCUAAGAUUGAAGAUGCUGAAUCUGUGUGCUUAUGGCUAGGGGCAAAUGUUAUGCUGCAGUAUUCAUGUGAAGAGGCUACUGCCCUUCUUCAAACGAACUUGGAAAAUGCAAAAGCUAGUUUAGAAGUUCUUGUGGCUGAUCUACAAUUUCUGAGGGAUCAAGUGACAAUAACUCAGGUCACAACUGCUCGUGUAUACAACUGGGAUGUACAUCAACGUCGACUUCGACAAGCUACUACUCCCAAAGAAUCAUGAGAAACACCUAUCUUUCAUUGAAAGAGGUGGUGGUAGAUGUUGCUUCACAGAGUACGAUUCAGAUCUUUUUGGUUCAUCUUUGUAGGUUGAUUUUUGAACUAUCCAUGCAAAGAUCAUAUUGGUUUGGUUUGCCAUCAUUAAUGGGUUCAAUCUUUCAAUUUUGGCUUCUACGAGUAAGAAACAAAUAUGUGAAUUUGCCAAAGAAACAAAAUGUGAGUUGGAUGAGUUUAUCGUGCCUUUGUGAGACGAUUUACAAUGUAAUGAUACAAUUUUUCGGGAAGAUUGUUGAAUCAUGGGAUAACUAUGCAUUUGCUGCUAACGGACUAACCCUGUUCAACCCCGACCAUGUCAGUAAUUCAAGCUUAAACCUUGUCUUUAGAGUGCUUUCCACCAAAGCUAUGAAUGAGAGCUAGAUAUUUUAUAGUUAUGUAUGUGUAUCUUUGGUCUAAAGAGCGAGAGUUAGAAAAUUCUUAACUGCGAAUGAUCAUCAUUCACCCCAUGCGCUAUGUGCCUCAUACAAUGUGAAAAUAUAUGUACUCACAUGCAACUUCACAAACAUACUCAUCAUUUAUUCAUAGAUAAUGUUCCUGGUG